UUGCAAACACUGCUCAAAAGAAAAUGUUACCACUGUAUAAUAGAUAUAUAGACGAGAAGUCUAUACGAGGAUAAAACUCACUGGGGCGACAUGCUGUUGCAGUUCAUACCAAACUUGUUUUAGAUCCAUCAACGUGCCAACCUACACAGAUAAAGAAGUGUUAGAUUCGGUGAUAACGGGAUAAGAAGUGCAACGAAAGCAUGGCGUCAAAGUUCCGCCUGGCCCUCAUACAGUUAUACGUGGAGAAGUUUCGACCCAAUAAUCUGGCCAGGGCCAGUCGCCUCAUUGCGCAGGCGGCCAGUAAUGGAGCCGCCGUGGUGGUUCUUCCGGAAUUCUUCACUUGUUGGUGUGACCCAAAAUACUUCAUCGAGAACAAGGAGCAACUUGACGGUCCAACCAACCGAAUGCUGUCUCAAGCUGCACGUGAUAAUCGCGUGUUCUUGUUCGGUGGUACAUUUCCGGAAGCCAUUCCGGACUCAGAAAUGCUGUACAACACGUGUCAGAUAUUCAACCCACGUGGCGACCUCGUGGGGAUGUUCAGGAAGCUGCACUUGUUCGACGUUGACCUUGGGCCAAGGAUGAAGAUUACAGAGUCGGAGAUGAUGGUUCCCGGGAAAUCACUGACUGUUGUGGACACAGGCUUCUGUCGCACAGGGUUCGGAGUUUGCGUCGACCUUAGAUAUCCCGAGCUGGCCCGACUGUAUGCGAAACGAGGUGUGGACCUGAUGACGUACAUGGGAGGGUUCAGCCUCACCACUGGGCCCCACCACUUACAGGUGCUGCAGCGGGCUCGAGCCAUCGACAAUCAAAUAUAUGUCGCCAACGUCGGGCCUGCCAGCAACCACGAUGCACCCUACGUCACAUACGGGCACAGUGCUGUGGCUGACCCAUGGGGAAGGAUUAUUGGAGAAACUGGUUCUGAUGAGGAUAUCGUUUACGCUGAUAUUGACCUGGACCUCAUUGCCGACACUCGUAGGAGGCUGCCUGUGGAUCACAUGCGCAGAGACGACCUCUUUGAGACGCGAGACUUAACAGGAGAGCAAACUUAACUUUAGUGGACUUAGAAUUCCCUAUUGUCAUAACAUGGUUGCUUGUAAUUCUGAUAUGUAAUUAAAGCAGUUGCAGCCUAACACUUAGGCCACAAUUAACGGAUAAGCUUGGAGUAGUAUUUGCCUCACCUAGUAUUCGUAAAAUGGAUUUAUUCUGCGCCAUUUUUUUAUAAAGAAGGGUUGCUGUUUUUCUCUUCUCUUGAUUUAUUUGAAUCUACUUAUUUUACGUCAUAUAUCAGUUCUGUUUUUAUUUGUAAUGGUAGUACGAAGCGGUAUGAAUUGAACGGGUUUGGCAGAAAUGUUCAACGCAAUAGUACAAUGUUUUGUACACUUUGGGCUGGCCUCCCAUUAUUUGAGUUACAACAAUUUUUUUAUUACACUUGCUCGCUCCAAUAUUGUUUUACCUAAGUCCGUAAAACAGUUUAUCAAAGUGUUGUGGCCUUAGUUGCUCUUUGUCACAUGGUUCACUUCACUUUUGAACCAGAAUGGUUAACUGUUAUACAAGUGUAUUUUCAAUAUUUGUUAUUAAAAGUUUUUUGUACA